AUGGGCUUUGCAACCACAAUUCUUCACUCUCAGUUCUUCGUACAGCCACCACUUCCCUCCUCCGACUUCUCUGGUCAAACAGUAGUUGUAACUGGUGCCACAUCUGGUCUCGGAUACGAAGCUGCAAAGCACCUACUUCGCCUAGGGGUGUCCAGGCUUAUCCUCGCAGUCCGCAAUGUUCCAAAAGGCAGAAAGGCCGCAGAAGAGAUCUCUUCGGCGCUGUCACUCCCUUUGAGCAGUGUCGAAGUUUGGGAACUAGAUCUGGGCAAUUUUACUUCCGUAAAACAGUUUGGUGAGCGUAUUAGCGCACUAGACCGCUUGGAUGCCGUGAUACAGAACGCGGGGAUCAUGACCUCGAAGUUUACCUUGGUCGAAGGAUGCGAGAGUCAAAUGAUUGUGAAUGUUAUGAGUCCAGCCCUUCUGGGGUACCUUGUCAUUCCUAAACUCCAACAGUCAGCAGUCAAGACGGGGAGUCCAGGAAGAUUGGCUUUUGUGGGUAGCGAUCUACAAUUCAUCGCACCACUGAAAGAGAAAUCUACUUCGACGAGUCUCCUCGCGGCUCUCAACUCAGAGGAGAUGGCCGACAUGAGUAACCGGUACGGCGUCUCCAAACUACUACUCAUGUGGGCAGUGCGCGACAUGGCGCAGCGACAUCCUUUCUCCAACCAAUCUAACGUACUCAUCACUUGCUUGACGCCUGGGUUAUGUCAAAGCAACAUUGUGCGUGACGAUGAGAGUUGGAUUGCCGGUGUCCUAAGACGCUUUAUCAUAGGGCUAGUCGCACGCUCCACCGAGGUUGGUAGCCGCAGUCUGGUCUUUGGUAUAAAGCCAGAUCUUGGUGCUGAAUGUCACGGUGCGUUUCUUAUGGACUGUAAAGUUUGCAAAGAUUUGACAGGUAACACGAAGACGCCAGAGAUGGAACAGGCGAACCGCAAAUUCUUGGAAGAGCUCUCUGCGCGCUUGGAGGACAUCUGCCCAGGAAUCGUCUAG